GUCAACGACAUGAAUGAGGUCAGGGAGAGAGAGCACGCGACCAUUACAGAGUCAGUUCGUGAGCAAAACUGUGCUUGAGCGAUGAGGAGUUAGUAAGCACUGGGUAUACUUGCUGGGUCGAUCCUUUUCUAUUGGAGAGGCGAACAUAAUUUGCAAAGAUGGCACAUAUUCCAUUCUAUAUUCCACUUUUGGUGGUUAUAAUUACGGUAUAUGUUUCUUGGUGCAUAUCUGGAGCAGGCGCCCUUAGAUCUGGUGGCGUGCCAUUGACUUGCACGAGUCCUUGUCAACAAACGGAUGCAUCUCGUGUUUCAAGUUCACCUUUACCACCAUGCGUUAUUACUCCAAAUUGCUGGAAUCGGGACACCGUACCUGUCAACCAGGCACCAGGGGGUCCCCUCCAGGUUGGUAUGGGUUCUUCAUCCGUCGUAGGACCAGAUGCAAAGGUCUACCUGGAGAUGUCUCCUCAGUGGCGCGCAUCACAAGAUCGCAUCAGCCUUUUGACUGGAUAUGAAGUUAAGGUCAUGUGCAACAGGAAUGUUUGUGCUUCACAAUAUUUCUGUGUCACAGUCUCAUUCAACAGAACAUUGACCAUUGAGGACACUCGUUCGAAUUUUACGGUGAGCUGUCAGUAUGGGAAUUUUUCCCAGCCUAGCAUGGACUACGUCAUCAUUAUCCGGAGCCUUCCAAAGAAUAAUGAUGAUUCAAACAAAGCAAGUCAUAUUGCAGCACUUCCAAGUUGUAAACAAAAACCACUGGUUUCUCUUUGCCAUAUUGACUCUCCUGAGGACUGGGUGCCAGAAUAUAAACCAUUUAUUAGUCAGAUCAGCAAUGGUUCUGUAGUCGUCUCGUUUUGGCCGAGUACCAGUAAGACAUACCCUAGAUACCAUGUUUUGCUUGAGGAAGUAGUAAACGUUAAAGAACGCAGAAUGCCAAUCUUCUUUGAAGCACACUUUGAUUCACAAAGAGAUGGUAACCCGUAUGUGUAUUUUAACAACGUUCCCAAAGGAAUUUAUAUAGCAUAUGUAUGUAUUGAUGAGAGCAUUUGUCCAGAUUGCCCGAUUUUCAAAUCGAGCAAUAACAUUACUGCUCUUGCUAUGCCCACUCCCACCCAAUCAACAACACCUACUUCACCCCGAACCACCACCCGUCCUAGAGACCCUGAGAAGGUCUCAAAUAAAUCAGCAUCCCCGCUCCCUUUGGCUGCGCUGGCAGGAGCCCUGGGAGGGAUCCUUGGGGUUAUUCUCAUCAUAUUCCUCAUAGCCCGCACGCGUAAAAGGAACUCUUUACCUCCUUCCAAAAAGAGUGGUGAUGAGAAAGAGAUUGGAGGAGAUCAUUUGGGAAGGUCGCCCAUGCUUCAUCGGAAUAACGUGCCAUACGAUGACUGCGAUUCAAUAACUGGGACAGGCUACAUCAACCAGUGGCCGCCACCGUGGUCUAGCAACAGCGACUACGACAACAAUCUCUUUGGCAUCUCGAACCCCUCCAUGAUCCCUCCCAUCAUCCAUAAUGAAUGGAAACAGACCAAUGGGAGACUUGCACAGGAGAGUGAGUUCUACGCCAACACCAUUGGAUACCAGAGAGGAGAUAGCAUCAGUAAGGUAGCAGUAGAUGUACAUUCUUCAAUGGAAAUCCAAACAUCAAUUAAAAGUGGCCUUCCUUCGAUGGAGCCACCGGACUCUGGAGUAGACUCCAUCUAUUCUGAAGGCACCACGGAAGAUGGACAAACGUUGUUCUCGUUAGCUUUGACUAAUCUUGGUGAGGAGGUAUAGGUUUGGUUGUAAUUCCGGUGGUUGGAAAUAGACACACGGGAGACUCGCGCAGGAUAGUAAGUUUUACCUCAACACCAUUGGAUACCAGAAAAGGGUGAGCAUCAGUAAGGUAGCAGUUGGUGUGCAUUCUUCCAUGGACCACCAAACAUCCUUCAAAAGUAGCCUUCCUUUAAUGGAGCCACCGGACUCUGGAGUAGACUCAAUCUACUCUGAAGGCACCAUAGAAGAUGGACCAACAUUGUUUUCAUUAGCUUUGCUUUGAAUAAUUAAGGUAUAUAAGAAUUGUUAUAUGGUGUACCAACGUAACGCCUUACUCCUAUUGAUGUACGUGGGAAAUGACCUAUUUCUCCAGGUGCCUUCCAAUUGUGUCUGUUUCAACCAGUAGACUUCUAAAUACUUGCAAUCCAAUAAGAUUAUUGUAGGAAUUUGUCAGUUCCUAAAGACUAUGGAUUUCCCCCAUUUACUGGAGGAUGGCUUGAGAAACAACUGGCAUUCAAGAAAGAUUGACGGUAUUUAAUGUUAAUUGUUGAUAUUAUUGAAUUGGCAUAUCUUGCUGAAUAUCAAUAUGUUUUCUUUCAUUGUUUAGAUUGUGUUGUGGAGUAUGUGCAUUCUGGAAAAUAUAUGUAAAUAUUUCAACCAUAGCUGACCUUUAAUUACUUUAUGUUUAUGAGCGUUUAUGAGCAUUUCUGCAACAAUGACCACUUUUUCUAUGCAGGGUUAUUGUAGUGAAAGAUUUUAAAGGACAACAUCAGACUCUCAUCAUUGUAGAUCAGUAAAAUUGAUGUAAAAGUGGACGAGUUUUUCCAAAGGGCAUUAUCGUGUUUUUUUUAAUUUGUAAUGAAAAUGUUCGUGAACAUAUUUGAAGUUUACUUGUUAAAGUGACGACUAAUAACAAAAUUCACAGCAGAGAAAUUGGCAUAUUUCUGCCUUCAUCUUGUAGAUAUUGGACUACUUAUUUAAUCUCUUGCAAGUGGUGCUUCUGAACUUCUCGCACUACCUUUAAAACGUUAGAUAAGUAUAAAUAUAAUUACAGUAACGGGAUAUAGCAACGAUAUAAUUUCCCUUGUUAAUAUGAACUAUAUUGAUCAUGUGUCAUAAAAUGCACUAUUGACAGUGAAACGAAACAGAGAGUAUUUGUAUUGAUAGAUAAGCUUAUGAGUUAAUGUGUAAUAACAAAUAAAUAUAGGAAUUUCUAUUGAUACUACUCAGGAAUAAGCGUAGGAGAGUGAUAAAUGUGUAAUAUAUAUUCAAUUUGUGUAUUUCAAAUGGAAAUGUUUGUAUAUCAUGAUUUCUGAAUGCUUUGUGUUUUCUGGUAAGAUACGUUUUUUAUAUUUGUAUUGUAAAAUAAUCGUUCCCCUGUCUCUGGUUCAUUGUGUGGCUCAUGGUGCUAACUUGUAACCAAUCAUAGUGUCUCUAAAGUCGUUCAAGUUGAAUUCAUAAACACAAACUUAAAAAACGACUAAUAUUAUUUAUAUAGGUAACAAGAGAAAAAUCACAUUAAAAGGGACAGUAUUUAAAUAAAAUCUUACGAUAUAAAGCUGAAGUUGACAACAACAAAAUAAUUAAGAAUAUAGAAUGAUUAAAUAUGACUACUUGAUUACUUGUGAAUCUUGUCACAAUUAUUUAGAAAACACAUUAUCGAUAAAUUAAGGAUUAAUCUCGUCUUCAUUAUUCAAUGAUUUAUGCAAAACUAGAUGCUGCAUAUAAAGUGAAAGCUAAAGUUAUUGAAUUUGGAAAUGUGUAUCCUAAUAGUAUCAUUUCAUUUCUAAUUUCUGUAGUCAUUUCAUUUGAUUUCAUUUUUUGCUUAAGAUUCAUGCAACAUGCUUGCAGUGAGUGUGAUUAAAGGAUAUCCAUCAUUUCUUAGUUGGUGAUGUAUGUUUGGCGAACAAAGGGGGGAGACACUGAGGUAAUUACAAGAUUACUAUUUUUUAAUGAUUUGCUGAUAUCCAAGCAAGCAUUAUUGAAUAAAUCCUUUUUGCUCUUAA